UCCACCUCCCUCUUUCCUCCUCUCUCUCUCUCUCUCUCUCUUGGCGCGCACACACAGUUGGGAAUGAAGAAGCUGAAGGAGAUGAGAUCUGAGACGUUGACUCUAAUACUGGUUAAUCUGGCCGGUAUUAUGGAACGCGCCGACGAGUCACUGUUACCAGGAGUGUACAGAGAAGUUGGUGCCGCCCUACAUACCGACCCAACAGGUCUGGGCUCACUCACUCUCUUCAGAUCCAUAGUACAAUCCUCUUGCUAUCCACUCGCCGCUUACCUUGCCUCCCGUCACAACCGCACGCAUGUCAUUGCUCUCGGCGCCUUCCUUUGGUCAACCGCCACCUUCCUCGUCGCUUUCUCCUCCACUUUUGUUCAGCUAUAUGCACCUUUAAUUUUAAAUAAAUUUGGCUUGAUACUUUAUGGGUCUGUUGUCGAGUUUGAGGAUUUUCAUGUUAGGUAUGUUGAUCAAUGA